AGGAGAAGAGGCGCCUCAGGAUGUUCACACACGAGACACGCCGUUAGACAGACGGUAAAGUUAGACAUGGGGGCCGUGAACGUCGUCGACUCAGACUAUUUUUGUUCAAGUGGUGCUGAGGUGUGUUUAUUUUCGGCCAUGUUCGAGUUUGGGACUCGUAUUCGCCACACUUGCUGAAGCGUAUUUGGCGACUCGUUUAAUUUACUCGAGGUAAAGUGAGACUCCUGAGUACCUACACGGACUUUCUCAGCCUUAUGAAGACAGCUGAGGUUCUAGGCUCAGGGCCGAAGUCUGCAAGCCAUGUUGUGGCAAGACUGUAAAGGUGUGGAUUCCAGUUGUGGGUGCAGGAGACUUGUGCGCUCAGCUGUCAUCAUCAUGAGGCUGCCCUGCUCUUUCUGGUUCCUGCUGCUAUUCAGCACAGGAGGCCUCCUUCUCCUGCUACAUCUACAGGACCUCACAGAGACCAUUCAGCAAAGUCCAGAUGCAAAGCUCAUAUUCCCUCAUGGGCAGUCGAUGAAUAAGGAGCUGUGUCCUCACUGUCCAGAUAUAGACAUACAGGCUUCUGUCCUCCCAGCGAAACUCCAAGCACAGAUCACCAAGAACCACCGCAAACUCCUUCUGAAGAGCUCUUCUUUAUUAAAUCAGCAGCUCAUCAUCGCCCCUGCUGGUCAAGCCAAGAAUAGCAUCAAAAAACUGAUCAAGGUCCAGCAGUCCCGUCGGAGGCUGAUGAGAGAAGUAUGUGCCAAAUACAGAAGCAGCAGCAUUGCCAAGGUCGUGACCCACCAGCACGUGUCCCGCAUCUAUGUGGAGGACACGCACAAACUCCUGUACUGUGAGGUUCCUAAGGCAGGUUGUUCCAACUGGAAGCGUGUGCUGAUGGUUCUGCAGGGCCAGGCGGUCUCCACAGGGGAGAUCCAACAUGAGCAGGUCCACUAUGGGAAUCACCUGAAGCGACUAGACUCCUUUGACCGCCAGGGCAUUGCCCAUCGCCUAAAGACCUACACCAAAGUGCUCUUCCUGAGGGAACCCUUCGAGAGGCUUGUGUCAGCUUUUCGGGACAAGUUUGAGAGCCCAAACUCGUACUACCAUCCAGUCUUCGGGAAGCCCAUCAUCUCGAAAUAUCGCAGUAAUGCGUCAAAGUUGGCCUUACGCACAGGAGAGGGCGUGACCUUCAAGGAGUUCGUCCAGUACCUGCUGGAUGUUCACCGCCCAGUGGGCAUGGACAUCCACUGGGAGCCGGUGGUGCAGCUGUGCAGUCCUUGCCUAAUAGACUACGACUUCAUAGGCAAGUUCGAGACAAUAGAAGAAGAGGCCAAUUUGCUCCUGAGGCGUAUAGGAGCCCCCGCUAACCUAACCUUCCCCAGUUUUAAAGACAGGAACCCAAAUGCAGCGAGGACUUCUGCACGAAUCACACAGGAAUAUUUUUCUCAGCUGAACUUAACAGAGAGGCAGAGAACCUAUGACUUAUACUUCAUGGAUUAUCUAAUGUUCAACUAUUCCAAGCCAUUUGCAGAUUUGUACUGAGGAUGCUGUACUGAGGAGUUUGUGAAUGUAAAUACUGUUGGUGUCUUGUUUCAGUCAAGGUUCUCUUUACUCAUUAUUAUGAAACUGUAUUUUAAAAAUGAUUUUUUAAAUAUUUUGUUCAAAAUUCUGUUAUACAAUGGCAGGCUGUUUUUUGCACACUCAUUACAGUAUUGCCAGAACAAAUUUCAUCAAAGACUAGUGUCUACCAAUUUUGGGACAGUAAUAAAUCAGUUACUUAACAAACAUGUUGUUUCACAGUACUGUGCAAAAGCCAAGACACCCCACAUAAUGUCUUUCAUUUCCAGUCAAAAUAAGCAUUACAUGGAAGUUAUUCAUUGUUUCAGUGUGAAGAAUCUCCUGGAAAUUACACAAAGCCCUCAAAAACCAAACACAAUUUUUUUCACGUUUUUCAGUAUUAAGUGUGUUUUCUUAUCUUUAUUACAGCUGUCACCCUUUUCAGUAGACUUUCUUUCAGUUUUUCAGAGAAAUCUGCAGGGGUAUUUUUUAAAACCUCCAGAGUUUAGUUCUCAUUCAGUGAUGGGAUUUUUCAUGACUGCCAAUUGUUUAUUUUUUAUCUGCUUCUUUUUCUCAGUGAGGGCUUUUGAGAGCUACACAUCUUUUCAGAUUCAUAGCGCUGAGUUGUCUUCUCACAGUAAAAGCUUGGACAUGAAAACCUGAGCUUGACUUUUUUCUCUCUCUCAAAGAUGAAAGCUAAACAUGCUUUUUAUCUGAUGGGGACGGUGUUGGUGGUCUACCAGGUCAUACAUGGUUGUUAGGAAUUCCACUUUCUUUGUAUCUUGUAGUCACAUUAUGAAUUCCUAAUUUUAUCAGAAAUAUUUCCUGAAAAAUGAAUAACUACCGUAAGGUGUUUAAAGUACAUAAUGGUAGUUUUGACUAGAAAUUACUUUUGCACAAUAAUGUAUAUGUUUAGCAGUCUGUAUAUUUCUAUACAGAAUUGUUGUACACCUGUCACUUUACACAAGUUGUGCUACAACUGGCUUGAACACACAUGGUCAAUGGGCUGGUACUAAACAGUUAUUUGGUAUGUAUCAUGUAAAUGCAUAAAAAUAGAACAACUGUUAAUCAUUCUAUGAUGUGAAUGUAUAAUUGUGUUCUAUUGAGCCUCUCGAACAUGAUGUAGCAUGCCUUCAGCCUUACAGUGUACUGCCACCAGAGCGGUUUUACCCAGAUUUUUACUUUGUUGGGAAUUUUUAGUUGGAUCAGGGAAAACACUUAACAAUGUGAAGAAUGGGUCUGUACCUCAUGAAGUGAUUGCGUUGUCUUAAUGUUAAUGUUAGUGUAUUAUCUCUGUGCCAUUGCCUUUUUACUCUUAAUGAUUAAGAUGAGAUUAUUUCAGUAAUUUUGAGUACAGCAAACUUUCGACCAAAUAAAUACACUUUUCAUGCUGUGUAGUUCAA